CAUUAAAAGCAAAAACCAAGGAUCCAGAACCAUGAAAACCAGACUUGGAUGUCUGUCCAAUAAAUCUGACUCCUGCAGUGACUUCUCUGAAUUUUUGCCUCCUGGGCCAGAGAGGUCCACAAGAUACCUAAAGUUGUCCACAGAUGAAGUGACUAAAUGGGCAGAUUCAUUUGAUGCUCUUCUGUCACACAAGUAUGGCCUGGCAGCAUUCAGAGCGUUCCUUAAAACGGAGUUCAGUGAUGAGAACAUUGAGUUCUGGUUAGCUUGUGAGGACUAUAAAAAGAUUAAAUCACCUGCAAAGCUGGUGUCUAAAGCCAACAAGAUCUACAAGGAAUUUAUUGAUGUUCAAGCACCUAAAGAGGUUAAUAUAGAUUUCCGGACAAGGGAAGAGACCAAACAGAAGCUUCUGGAGCCGACCUCCUCCAGUCUUAAUGAGAUCCAAGCAAAGGUGUACAGCCUAAUGGAGAAAGACUCCUACCCUCGGUUUCUGCGAUCAAAAAUCUAUCAGGAGCUGCUGAACAGAACACAGAUGUACUGUCAGAGGAAAUCUGUUUAAGAUUGAAUCUCUGGGUUGUUUUGCUUGUGUGUAAAUCCUAUGGAGAUGUUAGAACAGACCUUUACUGUUAUACAUAUCAAAAUAUUCCCUGGGUUUACUGGAAAAAGUUACUGAAUAUGCAUUGUAGAACUGUGAAGCUAGUUUGCACUUGUAUAGAGUAUAGCCUAACCCAUCACUGUGCUCCUGCACAUGUGCAUUUAAUCUGUACUCCUUCACAACAGUAACGUCAAGUACUUUGCAAAAAUCA